CGCAGACCAUUCUGUGGUGUUCAAACGGAGAAUACUUGCAAGGCAUGCUAGUCUACGUUCAACGAUGUAGAUCCCUCAGCACCACCUCUCGACGAUGGCAACGACCAAAACGACCUGACGUUCGAGCUGUUGAUCUAUACGAAUUCAACGCCUCAGCCAUGAAGGUUCUAGAGAAAGUUUUAAACAGAUAUCUACUAGACAGUUUCUUUACAUACCCUUCUCAAUGAUUCAAUAGGGAAAUAUGGACUAAGGACAAUACUUAAUAGUUGACAAAAUGCAAAUGCAAGGAAAGUGUGUCCCAAAACGUAAGGGCAUACUCCGUGUAUUAGCGGGGCUAGUAGCGUUUACAGCGCUAUCCGUGUUUGUUGAGUUGUCUGUUGCAGACUGGCGAUAUGACAUCGUGGCAAACACAAACCCAGAACCUCCGCAAGACGUUCUUGUCAUCGACAUCCCACCAACUGCCAUCCCGGUGAAGAAGGAGAAGAUCGUAUACCAGUCGUACGAGAAAGAUUUCGCCUACCCAUCUUUUGUAAACUUGUCCGCAUUAGUUGCCGAGGCAACCCGAAAGAACAUGACUUUUAUACAGAACCCCCCGAUAAACUACCAUCCUUAUAGGUAUAACAACGUGCCAGCCAACUGCCGACUACCGAUGGAUGGAGGUUCUACAAAACGCAUCCUCAUCAUUGUCAAGUCGUUUGUGGGAAACGUUGAGAUGCGUGUUGCAAUAAGAUCGCUUUGGGAGAAGAUUAAAGACCCUUACAUGGCUCUCGUGUUCAUGCUGGGGGAAUAUCCGAAGGAAAAUAAUGGCCGACGCUGGCCCAUAGACAGGGAGAAUAGGAUCUACAAGGAUCUUAUACAGGAAAACUUCGAUGAUUCCUACUUUAACAAUACAUUGAAGACCAUCAUGGGGUUUAACUGGGCAGUGAACAAAUGUCCACAGGCGGACCUGCUUCUCUUUCACGAUGAUGACUAUCACGUGAAAUAUACGAAUCUGUCCAUUCAUCUUCGAAAAGUAUUAGCAGUCAACAAAACAAACAUCUACAGCGGAAGUUUGGCGGUAAAAGCAAGACCUUACAGAAAUCGAGGAGAGCGUUGGUUUGUAACCAUUCAUCAGUACCCGUUCGAUGUUUUCCCGCCUUAUGUAGGCGGUGGAGCGUACGUUGUGUCAGCAGACGUGGCAAGGAAAUUUCAAAUGGCGUUCCCACAUGUACGGUACCUGAGUUUUGACGACGUGUAUUUAGGAAUUGUGGCUAGGAAGUUAGAUAUCAUACCUACAAGCGAUAUGCUUCUCGAUACUCUCUACCCGGAUGCUCUCGCGCAGGAGUGUUCCCAUAAAGCGAACGAAUUAUUCAGAGGUCAGUGUCCUCUAGCGAUCAAAAAGCGGCAAAUAGCAAACACGCCGGAAAUUGUUGAGGAGAGUGAAACGAAUAACACCGAUAACAGUAGCGCUAUGCCAUAUCUGUCGUUUGAAAAUAGUUUUUCUUUCCCGUUAGAGGCUAAUAUAAGAUCGGCAAUUAAUGGGAAGAUAAUUCAUAAUCAUAGAAUAAAUCUCAGAAAUAUAAAUGCUCAUCCCUAUCUGUAUAUAAGUGAACCGGCAGAGUGUAAGUUUGCCAAACACAGUCAAAAUAUCAUUGUAUUUGUGAAGUCUUAUGUUAAAAAUGUAGAACAAAGGGCUGCAAUACGUAGGAUGUGGAACGAAAGUCUUCAGACGCAUUCCACAUCUCUAAAGUUGGUUUUCCUCCUCGGACAGGGAAUCUAUCCAGAAGACAAACCUCCUGUGGAAGCGGAGGUCGAGACUCACAAAGACAUUUUACAGGAGGAUUUCACAGAACACUACAGAAACAAUACCUACAAAGUUGUUAUGGCACUGAAUUGGGUAAUGGCGAAUAAAGCAUGUUUUAGGACGCGUUUGCUGCUGUUUCUAGACGACGAUUACUAUGUACAUCAGAAAGAAUUGCUGACAUAUUUGCACGGGUUAUCCAACCAUAAUACACUAUUUCUCGGAAAAGUCAUGAAAAAGCAGGUUCCAUGCAGACUUGAACGCGACAAGAGAAAUCUUGUCUACAAGCAAUAUCCAUUCGAUAUGUUUCCUGACUAUAUAAAAGGUGGUGUGUUUUUAUUGUCAUUCGAAGUUGCCCGUAAGUUUCAGCUCUCUUUUCCAUACGUGAAGUAUCUUCCCCUGGACGAUGUGUACCUUGGAAUCGUGGCCUGGAAGUUGCACAUAGACCCCAAACAUGACCUAGUUUUUGACACAUCGUCGCGUUCUGCUUUAACUUACGAAUGUUCACAUGUUGCCGCGCGGCUUAUAAAAGGAAAAUGUCCUCUGCGCGGAGAAGUUAUAAAGAGUACUGUUCCUAAGAUAACCAGACGAAGAGAAGGAUUUUUUUCCCGUUUGAUGAAAUUACCUCAAAUUUUUCAGUCCUUGUUUGGUAAGUUUACGAAAUAA